AAAGAAAAGUGUAACAAUUUUAAGAUCAAUUCUUGUAAAUUCAUAUGUUAUUCUCUGUUGUCAAAUAUUCUCAACAAUUCAAAGUAGAAAAAAAAGAAUAAAAUAAUUUUUAACUUAAUUUAAUUUGCUAUGGAAAAGAAAAAUGUGUUGAAGAAAUAAAAUAAUAACUAAUUGCACGGAGAACUAUAUAAAUAAAUGCUUAAACUGAUAUAUAACAAAUUGAAAACAAUGAAAUUCAAAACUGGAAUCUUGAAAAACAUUGAUGUUGAACAUUUUGAAAAAGCUGAAUUUAAUUCUGAAUUGAAUGACAGUAUUUGAUUAUUAGAAUAUUUAAAAAUCUCAUUCUAACUUCAUGGAGGACUCAGUAAUGCUCGAAAAGGCACUUUUGUCUAUUGAGAGUCACGAUAUGGAUUUCUCGGUCGAAAUGGAAAAACUGGACUUGGAAAGUGAGAGUACUCAUGAAAAUUGGGAAUCUGAAUUAACAAAUACAAAUCUCUGUGACAAAGAUGAUGUCAAUCUUCAAAGAUGUUUUAUCAAUAUUGAUUUGGAUUCAAUAAAUCAAGAAGAAGAUGAUGAUGAUGAUGAUGAUGAUGAAGAAGAAAUUAUCGAGAAAUCUCCAUUUUUAUCAAUAAAUAAUUAUCAUCAUCAGGCAAAAUUUUACAAAAUUCAAUGUUUCAUUUGUCAAAAAUGGUUUUUAAAUAAUGACACAAUGGUGACACAUUUAAAAAUUCAUUGCAGUGGCAAUAAUUGUCAAGUAUGUGAUGAAAAUUUUCCCAAUAGCGAAACACUCUCUACACAUAUGUUAAUUCAUAUUGGCAUGAAUCUCUUUGAAUGUAAUAAUUGUUAUAAAACAUUUCCCGAUAAAAUAAAUUUACAAAAUCAUUUAAAAUCACAUUCACUUGACGAUGAAUCAUUAAAUAAUAAAAAAAAAGAAGAAAAAGAAAGAGAAUUUAAUAUCGUGAGAAAAAAAAUUUCCAAAUCAAUUAAAAAUAAUGACAAUAAUUUUUUCUGUGAUAUUUGUCAAAAAUUAUUUAAUUCAAAAAAUAAUUUCAAUCAACAUAAUCAUGAAGAAAAUAUAAAAUGUAAUUUAUGUAAUGCAUUAUUUAACGAUAAAGAUAAAUUAAAUUUACAUAUAAAUAAUCAUAAUCAUAGAAUGAAACAAUUUAAAUGUACAUUGUGUAAAAAAUGUUUUACACAAAGAGCCGCAUUAAAUAAUCAUAUGUUAUCGCAUAGUCAUGAUAAACCUCAUGCAUGUCAAAUUUGUUCAAAGCAAUAUAAAAGAAAAUCAGAAUUAAUGAGACAUUCAUUGGUUCAUACUGGUGAACGACCAUAUGAAUGUAAAGAAUGUCUAAUGACAUUUCGCGAGAAGGCAAAAUUAAAUUCACAUAUGUUGGUACAUACAGGUGAAAAACCACAUACAUGUCAUAUUUGUCAUAAGGCAUGUGCAAGAAAAUCAGAUUUAACUAGUCAUAUGCUUUCGCAUACAGGCGGACAAUAUGAUUGUAAUAUUUGUGAGAAAAUAUUUACGCGUAAAUCAGAUUUAAAUCGUCAUGCAUUAAUACAUACAGGUGAAAAACCAUUUGCCUGUGAACAUUGUGAUAUGGCUUUUAGAGAAAAAACAAGACUGAAUUCACAUAUUUUAAUGCAUACUGGUGAUAGACGGCAUGUUUGUCAUAUUUGUCAAAAGUCAUUUAAAGAAAAGGCAAUGUUAAAGAAACAUUUAUUGACACAUAUGGGUAAUCAAUUUUAUGAAUGUUAUGUUUGUCAAAAAACAUUUACACAAAAAACAACAUUAAAUAGUCAUAUUUUAAUACAUGAUGAUGUUUCAUCAUAUGAAUGUAGCCAUUGUCAAAAGAUAUUUCAUGAUAGAAGUGAAUUGAAAAAGCAUUUAUUGACACAUGCGGGUAAUAAAUUUAAUGAUUGUCCAAUUUGUUUGAAAAAAUUUACACACAGAUCGGCAUUGAAUAAUCAUAUUUCAAAUUCGCAUAAUACUUAAAAAAAAAAAACCUACAUUGGGUGUUUGAUUAUAAUUACUUGAAAUUUUACACUGUUAGAAUGUAAAAUUUCUAAAUUAUUAUGUU